GAUGAUUGGUGGUAACCAUGGUAACCCUGGUAACCAUGGUAACCCUGCCCAUUAGCAGAACAAGCUGAAUAGCAUAAAGUGAAAAUAGCACAAAAUCUGCAGAAGAAGAAACACAGAGAAAAGUUUACAGGAACAGGAAGAACAGUUCUCAUGAACAGUUCUCAUGAACAGUUCUCAUGAAUAAUGAACAGUUCUCAUGAACAGUUCUCAUGAAUAAUGAACAGUUCUCAUGAAUAAUGAACAGUUCUCAUGAACAGUUCUCAUGAACACAAUUGAACUGUUCAAUUGGGUUUGUGAACGACUUGGUUUCUGUGAUAUUCUUGGUUAGAAAAAUCACACAGAGAACAUGUGGGGACGAUGUCUUUUUAUGGUGGAACCCAGGAAACAUACAGCCACAGCAAUACAGCUAAUAAACUGGCCGACUCAGAACUAUACCUGGAACUGGUAUGUUGGUAUUUCUUACCAGUAGGGGGCAACAAAACAAUCUAUCACAGUUUCCUCUCAUCAUAUCAGGAAUCCUGGUUCUUUUCAUUCACUUUCUAUUCUGAACAGUUUUAAGCCUUCAUUACUUUUAAACACAAUUCUUUGGUUUGCUACCUGGAGCGUCGAACUUUGACCUCCUGACGACACGCCAAACACAGCAGAGGAUCAUCAGAGCUGAAUGAAACGGGACCUGAACUGGUUUCCAGCUGAACGGUUCUGGUACGGUGAGAUGAAGUCACAUGAAUGUGACACGUCAAUCCAGGAAGACGUUCUGUUCACAUAUGAGCCGCUGCAGCCGAGGAGCCGCUGCAGCCUGACUGACGCUCCUGCUGAUCCAGACGUCCAGGUAAGAUUCCUACAUCAUGUUCAAAGCUGCGGCCUCAGCGUUCGUCAGAAGCCUGAACAUCGACCAACGUUUCGUUCCCAAUGAAGAUCCAGAUACAGAAGUAGACCUUCUGACUUUAGUCAGAAUCAAGAAGGGGCCCAUCUGGUCUUUUCCCAAGUACAAGGUGCUCAAGUACACCUUACCUAAGCUGGUGGGGGAGAAGACGUUUUCACCAGGUGAUCAGGAGGAAGUGAUGGUGGAGGAUUUCAAGAAUUACAGAAUGAUGGGUGGGAACGUCCUAGUCAAAGCAGGAGAUGUUGUUGAUGCUGGGAUAAACGCUGAUGUUGUGGAUGCUAUGACUUCUGUUACCAUUAAGAAAAAGAAAGUUGAUCUUGAUUGUGUGAGGGAGGCGUUCAGGGGCAGGACGAUUGAAAAAAACGACCUGAAGUUGCUGAAACUGAAGAAAAGCCACACACUGGGGUUUGUGUUUGAGAUGGCUUACAACACUCAACCUGUGACUCUGACCAGUACAGGAAGCUGUGAGGGAAAAGUCUCAGGGUCGUACCAGAGCCUGGUGAAAGUGGGUCUUGGGAUGAAGGUGGAGUUGGGCACCACAUUCAAGAUACCAGAACGUAGAACCUUUGCUUACAACCUGGUGGAGAUCAGACUGGACAAAGGGAAGAUCGAAAUCCCUUUUGAGACCUGGAUUCACAAACGAGGUUGGCUCUCUGAUGCCAUCGGCAAUGACAUCCUGGAAAAAGCUAGAGAGGGGAUUGAAACAAAGGAAAAUAUUCUGAAUCUGAUUGACAAGCUUCCAGAGUGGACUCGUGGAGAUGUGCUGAAGAAGCUCAGAGAGGUUCUGGAGGAAGAGGACACUCUGACUGAGCUGGAGGACAUGCUGCACGAUGGCAGUGAGCCUCCUGAGUCUAAGACUGUCUCCUCCUUCAUGGACAUCCUGGACCAAUCCAAAGCCCCCAAGGCGAGGGACGGUCUUUGUGUUCUGGUUGCUGCCUUGGAUGCUCUGCCGCCGCCACUGCAGCGACCUCUGAUCUCAGGAAGUCCCCAGACUGUCACCGUCCUCAACCAGCUGGUGCAAAGUCUGAAGGACAAUGAUGAACCCGAGCUGAGCGGUUCUGUCCCCGCCGGCCUGCAGCCAGAUGGAGAUCUGCGUUGGGCCGCUGAUCUCCUCUCUUCCUCUGACGAGGCGUUGAAGACACUGACUGAUGUCUUCGAUCUGCCACCAGAGGUUCUGCUGGAGGUUCUGGCUCUGGCCGUGAUGGGAAUCCACAAGCUGCAGGGCGGAGAGUAAAGACGGUUCUGCUGGUGGAUGUUUCACUCUAGGAUUUUAGUUCUGGGCCACUUCCUGUUGGGUUUCCUGUCACGGCGCCACCAUCUGUCAGAAAGGCUAAAUAGCACUAAAACAAGGAGCUGCUUUGGUGUAUUUUCACAAUCUGAAUGAAACUUUGUCUUUAAAAUGAAAACCAACCUUUUGUCUUUCUCCUCUCACUGAAUAUUAAAGCAUUAAGAAUCACA